CACGACGUGAAGCGUAACAAAAUGUACUAGAAUGUCCUGUAGAAGUGAAAGUGAAAGUGAACUGGGGGAAAGACUAGCUUGCGGACUCUGUUUAUUAACGGUUAAUGUUAAUGAUUAAUGGUUAACAAAAUAAAUUUGGUGUAAGAAAGCUUUAAUUUGAAAAGCUAAAUAACAGGCAUUUUCAGACAUGGGAGAAAUAUUAGGAACAUCCUCACCAGAUCCGGGACUUGGAGUAACGUCCCGUUUGUCCAAGCUCAGAAUUGUGCUCAUUUGUAAUGACAAGCAGGAGAAGAACUUGGCAGUAAACACCAUCCUUGGCCGAACACAAGCUUCGCCGAACCUAGACAUAAAGACGGAGGGUGAAGUAGAAGACAGGCAUGUCAUUAUAGUCAGUUCACCAGACUGGGUCGAAUAUUCUGUUCAGGAACCCUGGAAGCACGUCAAACAGCAGAUCGAAGAAAGUGUGUCCUUGUGUCUGCCGGGACCACACGCCUUCCUCAUGCUCGUUCCAUUGCGCCGGUUUAGAGAAGCAGAGAGGAGGGAGGUGGAGGAAAAUCUUGAGCUUCUCUCUGAUAACAUCUGGAGACGGUCAAUAGUGCUGUUCUCCGGGGAAGAGCGGUUGGGCGGUAAAACCGUCGAGAAGCACAUCGAGGAGGAACCAUGCCUGCAGCAGCUUAUACGGAGGUGUAGGAACCAGUAUAACGUCCUCAGCAAUGAAAAUAGGGAGGUGGUUCUGGAGAGCAUAGUUACUGUGGUAACAGGAAAUGAUUUCCAGCAUUUUCAAAUGGGGGAGCUUUUAGAAGAAGUAAAAGAGAACAAGGAAAGAUUGGAAGAAAAUGCCAAACAGAGGCUCAUCAAGGUACAGAAACAAAGAGAAACACUCAAAGAAAUGAUGACAAAGGAGUCCGGACACAGUUUCCCAGAUACAACGAUGGUUCUCCUGGGAGGAUUCGGCGCUGGGAAGAGUUCCACAGGAAACACCAUCCUGGGAAAAGAGGAAUUUGACACGACGCAUAAAGCUUUGGAGUGCGUGAAGAAGCAGGGUGAAGUGGGCGGGAGGACGGUUACUGUGGUCGAAACACCGGGCUGGCACAGGGACUCCUCAGGGCAGGACGAGACAGAGCGCGUCAAAGAGCAGAUUAGGCUAAGCGAGUCUGUGUGUGCAGGCAAACCCCACGCAUUCCUCCUGGCAGUACGCUGCAACUCGUCAUUCACGGAGACGGACAGGAGGCGAGCGAAGGAGCAUCUCUCGGCUCUCAGCGAGGAGGCCAGAAGACGCACGUUGGUGCUGUUCACUCGGGGGGACGGGCUCGGAGGGACGGACAUCGAGACGCACAUCGAGAGGUGGAACGAGCUCCGGUGUCUCGUCGACGAGUGUGGGAACAGGUAUCACGUUUUGGACAAUAACAGCACCGAUCGCUCUCAGGUCGAAGAAUUGCUGGAGAAAGUGGAUGAAAUGGAGGCUCAAAUGAAGGAAGAGACAUACCAAGGACAUCUUGGUCAGCCGUUACGUGUGGAGGAAGAGAAACCGGGGGACAGAGAGCAGGAGUUGCAGAGAGAGGAGGAGAAGCUAAGAGAACGACAACAAGCCGAGUCGGAGGAGUUGGAAAGGGAGUUCGGUCAGGAGAGCGCUGUAGCAAUCUUGUAUGCGGCCAUUCAGAAACCGCAGAACAGGCUCAAAGGAGAGAGGGGUGAACACGUGAGAGAGCUUGAGGGAGAACUGAAGAGAAAGCAAGAGCAGAGGGCACGGUUGGAGAAGGAAGAAAGGAAGAGGAGGGAGGAGAAAGAGACGGAGCUAAGGCAGAGGCAUAAAGAAGAGAUGGAAGCACUCAGACAGCGUUACGGGGAGGAGGCCAGACAGGAUGCAAAGGGGUAUCUGAAGCCUAUAUUGUUAGUUUCAGUGGCAAUAAUGGGGGGUGUAGCAGGGGCUCUGAUAGGUCCGGCAGGGGUGGCUGGGGGAAGUGUCGUAAAGGCAGCUGGGGAAAGUGCUGUAUGGGCGGCUGGGGAAAGUGUUGUAGUGGCUGCACAAAUUGGGAAUAUAACGGGGGCUAUGUUCAAUCCAAUUUGGGUGGCUGGGGGAAGUGUCUUAGGGGCUGCAGUAGGAGUACUAGGAGGGAUGUUUGGACGAAGGGAGAGAUCCGAAGAGAAGGGAAGAAGCGAGAGGAAGCAUAGUAUGGAAGUUUCACUAAGUCUUUGAUUAGACUCGUGAAACAUACAGACCUCAUACAAGUUGAAUGUGUGUUUCAGUCAGAGAGGGAUAAUGUGGCAUUUAAUUUUAUAUACACAUUUCUCCCACAUGAACCCUAUUUCUGAAUGAAUUGGCACAAUUUAGCAGAACCAUGUGUAUAAAGCAUACUGGGAUACACUGGUGCGUCAGUCAUUUAUUUUUGAAAAUAUUUCAUUUCCAAAAGAAUGUGUUUUAAUAUUUUUGUACUAUAAGAUUUUCACUGACCAUCUGUACACAUAGCUCUUCAAUUACUAUAGGAAUUUUUUUCUAGUAUGAAUUCAUGAUUUGUUCGCUACAAAAAUUAAUCAAACAUCAAAACACACAUGCUUACAUCUUACCAUGCCUGCCCAUGUACAGUACAAAAAAUGAUAGAGCCAUGAAAUUUUUUUUUUUUCUUGGGACAGUGACAUGGACAGGGGAAUCAAUAAAAAGCGUGGAUUGACUAUUUAAGUCUGUUGGCAAAUUCAUCUGCACUAAUGAAGGAGGAGUGGUGAUAUCUGUCACGUGAGGCAAAGUCAGCGUUGUCCUCCGUCAGUUGUCGGGUUUCCAUGCCAACAGCCAGAAACGAGGGCGUUAGCACGAUCUGGUCCUGGAGGGUUGGUUCCUUCCUGAAAAUCAAAACAAGGCAAGUAUAAUGGGUAAGGAGCUGGUUUUGUAAAUAGUAGUGUAAAGUCGCUCUAGAUAAGAGCGUCUGCUAAAUGUUUGUGAUGUAAUGUAAUGUAAUGGGGGUGGGACUUAUGAUUGACAUGUAUGGCAAGCCUGGAGUACUGAACGUUUUAACAUUUUACAUUUAACGGGUGUAUGUUUCUUUUUAAUCUGAUCGGACAUAGAUUUUGUUGUACACGUUCUGAUACUUUGAAUUAAAGUUGCCUGAAAAAGGA